AUGCAAAAAGCACAUAGUGCUCUUCUUCAGAGAAGAGCUUUUGAAAAGGCUCUUUGUGGGGGGCACCGAUUGUACAAAGUUUCUCUUUCUCUUGUAGUUGUUCUAUGGGCACUUGUUUUGUUUUUGAAUAUAUGGUUCAGCCAAGGUGAGGGUUUCAAAGAUGUACAGGGGGAGUUUCCAGCUGACUUAAAGAAAUGGAAUGGAGAAAAAAGAGAACAUAAUGGAGAGCCGAGUUGCGCAUCAUCUGAGGAUGAUAUUUCUUCGAAGGGAUUUCAUUCUACAGAGGCUAUUGAGAAAUCAUUACCCGAAGCAGCUGAAUUUGAAACGAUACGAAGUAAAUCUCAAGAUAUGUUGAAAAAUGGAAACCUGGAUACCCCCAUCCGAGAACCAAAUGUGGUAGGAAAAUCAGAGUCAGUCUCAAGUCCAGAAAAAGAAGCUUCAAUCAUAUCCGAGAAGGCUUCUCGUAGUGUACCUUUAGGUCUUGAUGAAUUCAAGAAUAGAGCAAUACAUUCCAGGAGUAAAUAUGCAGCUGGUCAGGCUGGGGGCAUUACACAUAGAGUCGAGCCUGGAGGUACAGAGUAUAAUUACGCUUCUUCAUCCAAAGGGGCCAAGGUUUUAGCACAUAACAAGGAUGCAUAUGGUGCAUCUAAUAUCUUGAGCAGAGACAAGGACAGAUACCUCAGGAAUCCGUGCUCUGCGGAGGGCAAAUUUGUCAUAAUGGAACUCUCUGAGGAAACCUUAGUAGACACAAUUGAGAUAGCGAAUUUCGAACAUCACUCGUCAAAUUUGAAAGAAUUUGAAUUGCUAGGUAGUCCUGUUUAUCCAACUGAAACAUGGGUUAAACUUGGAAAUUUUACAGCUGGAAAUGUAAAGCAUGCUCAGAGGUUUGUUCUUCCUGAGCCAAAGUGGGUUAGGUAUCUGAAGAUAAAUUUACUUAGUCAUUAUGGGUCGGAGUUCUAUUGUACGCUCAGUGUUUUUGAAGUUUAUGGAGUAGACGCGAUUGAGAAAAUGCUUGAGGAUCUUGUCUCAGUUCAAGAUAAGGUAACAUUACCCAAUGAGUCAAAUGGGGGGCAGCAUGUACCGGCUGAGGCUGCUGACCGACAUGAUAACAUUGUUGCUGAAGUGGAACCCGACCCAAACGCAGGAAACUUGGAUAACAAAUUGACCGUGACAUCAAGUGAAGUUCCUGACCCGGUUGAAGAAAUUCGUCAUCAUAAUCAAUUUAACAGGAUGCCUGGGGACAGCGUGCUUAAGAUACUUAUGAAAAAAGUGCAGUCAUUGGAUUUGAAUUUAUCAGUUCUGGAGAGGUAUCUUGAGGAGUUGAAUUUCAGGUAUAGUGGCAUCUUCAAAGAAGUUGAUCGCGAGAUGGGAGACAAGAAAAUAUUUCUGGAAAAGAUCAUAGCAGACAUGAAAACUUUUCGGGAGAGCAAUGAGGCCAUGAGAAAAGAAGUAGACGAUCUAAUGUCAUGGAAAUCUCUUGUUUCCAUGCAGCUAGAUAACAUAGUCAGAGAUAACGCGGUUCUCAGGUUGGAGGUGGAAGAAGUUAGAAGGAAUCAAGUUACAGUCCAGGAAAUUUUGGUCUCGGGAUUAUUCCUGGUUUCUCCUACUGAUCUGUUGCUGCAUCAUCAUUACCAUACUUUCAUUAUAGCCAUUUGUUGA